AUGCCCACAACUCCAAGUCGCGCCGAGACGGCACAACCCACAGCCGCCGGCGCAUCAACACCUCGCUCCGCGCAGCGACGGCCGGCAUUGACGCCGCUGGUUUCUCGAGCGAGAAGCGCCGAGCCGCCGUCGAGCCGGCGAUCCGUACACACCCCCGCCACGGGUGGCGCCAGAGCCCCCGGAUCGACCACCCGCCAGGGCCUCUCCGCGUCCGGGAGGAAGACCAAUGCCGCCGCCGCCGCGACGCCGCACGCCCGAGCGGCCUUCCGCGCGCUCGACAGCCGCCGCGCCGCCAUCUUCACGCCGGGUAAGAGCCGCCGGCGGAGCUUGCGCGAGCAGCGCGAGACCCCGCGCGACAUCCUGCGGAACCUUAGUCGAGUCCUCGCCCCGACCACUCGGCCCGCCGCCUCGUCCUCCUCCUCUCCCGGGCCCAAGAUGGCGAGCGACAUCGGCACCAUCUUGGAGGACGAUGAGGACGACGACUUCCCCAUCGACAGGCCGCGGCUGUCCCUCCCCAUCGAUAUGGACGACGAUAGCGAUCUACAGCCGCACCAUUCUGCCUUUAUGGAAGACGAGAACUUUACGAUGCAGUCUAUCGAGCUACCGCGGAGGGCUCUGAGCGAACAGCCGCCACGGCUGUCGAGAAGCAGCUUGGGCAGUGUGCGCCUGAGCGAUUAUAUGGGUGGGAACGACUUGGGCAGCGACGACGAUGUUGGCAUCGACUCUGCGUUCUUCCCCGCCGGCCCAUUCGACGAUAUCCCAGAGGAGGAGGCGAUUGGCGAUAUGACAUACGAAAGGAUCGACGACGGGGCAGGACGGCGGGCGACCUUCCUUGCAGGUCGCGAGAGCGAAUUUGGAGUUAUUGAUGCCCCUGUCAACGCCAAUGACAGCACUGUAUUUCUGGCGCCUCAACUGCAAUCGUCUCCCGUUCGGCCAUCUUUCCACCCUGAAGAGCAAAUGGUGGUGGAUGACGACAACCCCUUUGGAGAGGAGGAGGAAGGGGGCGAUGGCGCCGAGGGCGGGGUCAUGGAUGCGACUGGCUUGGAGGACCUGCAAGUUGAGGAGGCCACCGCCAAGGAUGCAGCCUGGAAAGGGAAAAAGAAGAAGCGAGGCGUCAAAGUUUCAAAAUUCGGCGUCGAAUACCCAUCACUUCCGCCGAGCGUUGUCAAGCGUCUUGCGCAGACCUUUGCGCAGACGAGUGGAGUCGGCAAGGCCAAGAUUAGCCCCGACACACUCAACACCAUCAUGCAAGCCUCGGACUGGUUCUUUGAGCAGCUCGGAGACGACCUGCAAGCCUAUGCCAAGCAUGCCGGGCGCAAGACCAUCGACGAGAGCGAUAUGCUGACGCUCAUGAGAAGACAACGGCAGACCAGCUCUGUCACGACGCCCUUCUCCCUCGCUCAGCGCCACCUGCCGCGCGAGCUUCUGCAAGAAUUGCGCAUGACGCCUCCUGCACCCGUCAAACAGCGGCGCAGGCGCAACGUUAGCGGAGGCGCAGAGAUCACCUGA